AUGCUUUUUAUAGGCGACAGCUUUGAUUUCGAGUUCAUAACAACAGCCUCCAACCCGGUGAGAUGUGCGCUUGGAAAGCAGUUCUGUGUGCUUCUGUUUUCCGACAACACAGCGGUGUACAGGAGGACAGCCCACCAUGUGUGUUUUGUUGUUCCGGUCCACUAUCCAUCGUUUGUCAGGUCCACAUUGAAGCCAAGAGACCUAUCUCUAAAAGAAAGUGUGGAUCAUCUAUUCAAGUUCAAGACUGCGGAAGACAGAUCCAGAUUCAGUACUUAUGUCAGUAGCUUAACCAAUGUAGACUUCAAAAUAAUAAAGGAACUAGGACCUCCCAGAAAAGCACCAAAGAAGAAUAAAACAUCGCAGUGGCCUUGA